AAAAAGAAAAAAAAAUCACCUGCAACUGCAGCAGCGGCAGCGGGGAAGCCGGGCAAAGGGCGCAGGAUGGGGGACGAGGCAGCCAGCAGCAUGGGCACGGUGCUCUGCGUCCUCACGGGCGCCUCCCGCGGCUUCGGCCGGAGCCUGGCCCGGGAGCUGUGCCCCAGGUUAAUGCCCGGCUCAGCGCUGCUGCUGGUGUCCCGCACAGAGGAGGCGAUGCGGGCGCUGGCGGCGGAGCUGGAGUACAAGCAACCGGGGGUCGCUGUGCGCUGGGUGGCGGCGGAUCUGGGCACGGGCGAUGGGGUGAGGAGGACGGUGCAGGCGGCCCGGGAGCUGCAGGGGCUGGGCACGGCAGCAGGCAGGCUCCUCAUCAUCAACAACGCAGGGUCCCUGGGAGACAUCAGCAAAUCAUUUGUGGACCUCACUGACCCCGCAGAGGUGGACAGCUACCUGUCACUGAACGUGUCCUCAGCCUUGUGCCUGACCUCUUCUCUGCUAGGCACUUUCCAGAGACGUCCAGGACUGCAGCGGGUGGUGGUCAACGUGUCGUCUCUCACUGCACUGCAGCCUUUCAAGUCCUGGACUCUGUACUGCACGGGGAAAGCUGCUCGGGACAUGAUGUUCAAGGUGCUGGCGAAGGAGGAGACGGACGUCCGGGUACUUAACUAUGCACCAGGACCCCUGGACACCGAUAUGCAGGAGCAGGUGCGGACUCAGACCGCCGAUCCCGAACUCCGCCUUCUUUUUAUUAAUAUGAAGAACAGCGGCAAGUUGAUCGACAGCCAGGUGUCUGCGCAGAAGUUGCUGGAUAUUCUACAGGCCGACGCCUUCAAAUCAGGAGACCAUGUGGACUACUACGAUUAAUGGUGGUUGUAGUUAGUCGCACCUUGCGUAGUAAUCAGUUGCCUUAAUCUAUGUAUCUAGCCAUUACAUUACUUGCACUACGGAGAUAAUAGGACGUAGGGACAGACAGAACUCGAGUUACUGUAUAUAAUAGCUGCAAGGAACCAAAGGGAAAUGGCUGCGAGGUCAUCUAUAGGAAGGGAACUCAUAUUUGUGCAAUGCGUCCAUCAGUGUUUUUCUCACAGACAUUCCAAACACAAGUGUCGUCCUGUGUCCUGCGCUGUCCUUGCUCCCUGCCCUCACCGUCCUUCAUACCCCCUUACCCCUACUGCCUAUGGGGGGAGCUGUGGAUGCAGGAGGCCAGUGACUAGGACAGAGCACAAAGUGCAGGAUGACCUGUCCUGCCUGUCUCUCUCUCUCUCUCUCUCUCUCUCUCUCUCUCUCUCUCACUGCAGGGAGCUCGGAAACUGGGAUUUAUCUUUUUACACUUAAAUACACUAUGUAAUUAUUAAUUACCUCUGACGUGACUUGUAUUUAACGAGAGUACUGUCUAAUACACAUUGAGGUAUUAGUGAGAGUUACCUUACUAGUAUGAAUUCCUCUGUGUGAUACCCCAUUCUAAAGAUCAUUUCUGUAAUCUGUGAAUAAAUAUACUGUACUGUUACAA